CCACGCCUCCUCUCCUACUCCAUCCCCCUAGCUAGCUAAGCUUGGCUUACCAUACUUAAUCGCCGCCUCGCCCAUUCUUAACCUGCGUCGUGCCCGCCUGCAACCAACCGCAAAGCUAGCUCAUUAAGAAAGCAAAGGCUACUAAUCGCGCACGCUGCCUACUAGUCCGACCCUGCUGAGAGCAGCUAGCGCUGACCGUGCGGAUGGAGGCGCCGCCGUCGCCCACGUCGUCGUCGUCGCUGAGCGCGCUGCGGGACAGGCUGCGCGCCACGAUGUGCUGCUGCUUCGGCGGCGGCGGAGGCGGAGGCCUCGGCGGGCGGAUGCGGUGGCGCGGGCGCGCGGGCGUCGGGGAGUUCCGGUACGACCCGCUCAGCUACGCGCUCAACUUCGACGAGGGCGACCUUCUCGACGCCGACGCCGACGACGACGACCUGUACGAAGCCCACGCGGGGCGCGGCGGCGACGGCAUGCUCUACCAGAGCUUCUCGUCGCGGCUGCCCGCGCCGGCGGCGGCCAUCGAGGUCGCGUAGCCGCACGGCGGCGCCUGGCUGUUAUGGGAAUUGGGAUCGGAUCGAGGUCGCCUGCCUGCUGAGAUCGAUCGGGAGGAGAGCUCGUGCUGGAUACAUACGUUUGUUUGCUACUGCUGUUAAUCAGUGUGCAGAUGUAAGUAUCAAAAAAGAAAAAAUCAGUGUGCAGAUGUUUUUGCGUCCGUGCAUCAGAUUUUGCUGUGUAUCUGUACAUGCACGCGUUGCAGAAUUGAGAGUACUGGAUACUAUCAUACUACUAGUAGGUCGAUCAAGAAUAUAUAGGAAUUCUUGACGUUCAAAAAAAAAAGAAUAGGAAUUCUUGGUGUUCUGUGUAAAAAUUUAGCUCUACAUGUGCUGGACUAUAAAUUCAUGCGUACUCCUACUAUCGGUUUUCCCCUUUUCAAA